AUGAGGAGAGAUAAUGAGAGCACUGUGUCUGAGUUCAUCCUCCUGGGACUCCCCAUUCAGGCAGAGGACCAAGACCUAUACUCUGCCCUGUUCCUGACCAUGUACCUGACAACUGUGCUGGGGAACCUGCUCAUCAUCCUGCUCAUCAGGCUGGACUCUCACCUCCACACCCCCAUGUACUUCUUCCUCAGCCACUUGGCCUUCACAGACAUCUCUUUCUCAUCAGUCACAGCCCCAAAGAUGCUCAUGAAUAUGUUGACACAUAGUCAGUCCAUCUCAUAUACUGGGUGUGUUUCCCAGGUGUAUUUUUUCCUAUUUUUUGGGAGCAUUGAUAGCUUUCUUUUGACCUCCAUGGCCUAUGACAGGUAUGUGGCUAUCUGCCACCCUUUACACUACACUAUGAUCAUGAAUCAGAACCUCUGUGUUCUACUAGUAGUUGUGUCCUGGGUCUUGUCUAAUGCCUGUGGCCUUGUACAUUCCCUUCUCUUGGCUCGGCUCAUCAGCCUAGAUAAUGAGAGCACUGUGUCUGAGUUCAUCCUCCUGGGGAUCCCCAUUCGAGCAGAGGACCAAGGCCUAUUCUCUGCCCUGAUCCUGGCCAUGUACCUGACAACUCUGCUGGGGAACCUGCUCAUCAUCCUGCUCAUCAGGCUGGACUCUCACCUCCACACCCCCAUGUACUUCUUCCUCAGCCACUUGGCCUUCACAGACAUGUCUUUCUCAUCUGCCACAGCUCCAAAGAUGCUAACAAAUAUGAUAACACACAGUCAUUUUAUCUCAUAUGCUGGGUGUAUUUCCCAGGUAUACUUUUUCACUUUUUGGGGGAGUAUUGACAGUUUUCUUCUGACAUCCAUGGCCUAUGACAGGUAUGUGGCCAUCUGCCACCCUCUGCAUUAUACCAUCAUUAUGAGUCAGAGCCUCUGUGUUCUUCUCGUAGUUACAUCCUGGACUUUAUCUUUGGCCAAUGCACUUGUUCAUACACUUCUCUUGGCUUGCUUAUCUCACUUUAGAAACAAUACCAUCCCACACUACUUCUGUGACCUUUCUGCCUUGUUGAAGCUGUCGAGCUCAGACACAACUGUCAAUGAGAUGGCCAUCCUUCUUUUGGGUACAGUGGUCAUUACCCUGCCAUUCAUAUGCAUUCUGGUCUCUUAUGGCCACAUUGGAGCCACCAUCAUGAAGGCUCCCUCCAUCAAGGGAAUCUACAAAGCCUUGUCCACAUGUGGUUCUCAUCUCUGUGUAGUUUCCUUGUACUAUGGAGCCAUCAUUGGGCUAUACCUAGUCCCCUCAUACAAUAACACCAAUGACAAGGAUGUCAUUGUGUCUGUGAUGUAUGGUCUGGUCACGCCCAUGCUCAAUCCCUUUAUCUACAGUCUGAGGAAUCGAGAUAUGAAAGGAGCACUAAAAAAUAUCCUCAGUAGAACCAAAUGA